GAGGGUCACAGUUCUUUUGAAGUGCAAGGACAAAUAAGUGAUAGUGCUGUCAACUGUCUGGAGUCAGCUCUUUAAUUUGAACACUAUACAUGUUUUUGGAGAUACUCAAACGUGGAAUCAUCAGAUCCCUAGCUACUGUUUUCAUAAUGAGAUCUAUGUCUAUGUCUAUAGCCAUUCCAAAGAAGAAGUGCCAAAUCCAUUACAUUUACCAUCCCGAUCACGGCCAUAAAGAAAGUUCCAUUACAUUUUCACAUUCAAACAAGCACACCCCACAAUUUGGAAGUAUUAAUUUGUUCAUAGCUAGCCAGCCCCCAGUACCACUGCAAUCAAUUCAGUGCUAGCUAGCUCACUGGGCGCCGGUAAAAUGAAGCAUUGAUUUCGAAUACUUGAAGUGCCGAUGAUCGAUGGCUUUAUGGCGGGUAGCAUUCUCUAGUGGUAACUCUUUCAUGGACGAGUACUUAAUUUACAAAAACAAGAACAAUUCUUAUGGAGUACUAGUUUAAGUAGUUUAUAUAUAUCUGCAAAAGCUGAAGAACCCUAGUACCAUUCUCAUGAAUCAUGAUCACUGAACUGAAUAAGAAGCCAAACGAUCUGACCCCACCAACCCAAAACUAAAAACAACGCGUCCAUUAUACCACCAUCAAAAACCACCUUUCUUAAGAAAACCCUUUGUUGAAGUAGAGUGGCCACUAUUGAAAGGUUGAACAAGAACAAGUGGGAACCUAAAAGAAGGGAAAUCAACAGUGAGGAACAGUGGCCUUCUUUUUUGUGAUGAGAAAUGAUGAUGAUGAGACCAGCUGGAUGUUUGGGGGGCUCAAGGUGUCAAGACUGUGGAAACCAAGCUAAGAAAGACUGUUUUUACAUGAGAUGCAGAACUUGUUGUAAGAGUAAAGGUUUUCAUUGUCAAACACACGUCAAGAGCACUUGGGUUCCCGCUUAUAGACGGCGACAGAGAGCUCAAGAUCUUUCUCCUGUUCAGCAACACCAGCUUCAAGGACACAACCCUAAAAGGCUCAGAGAAAAUCCCUCCUCAGGUUUAGAAAUCGAGAAUUUUCCUGCUGAAGUGAACUCUACAGCCACAUUUCGUUGCUUUCGAGUGAGCUCCAUUGAUGAAGCGGUUGAUCAAGUUGCAUAUCAAACAAGGGUGAAUAUAGGAGGUCAUGUUUUUAAGGGUAUUCUCUACGAUCAAGGCCCUGAAAAUCGUUAUGACUUUGGUGAAAGCUCUUGCAGACAACUUCAAGGGCCUAAUCUCACAAAUGCAGGUGCCCUAACUCCUGCUACUACCACUUUAGCUUCAACUUCUGGUGCUGCAGAAUGUCUUGCUCGUCCUUCAUUUCCUUUUCCCCUUAAUGCUUUUAUGUCCGAUAAGCAGCUUUUCCUACACCCAAAAUCUUAGGGCUCAUCAGUUUAAUUUGCGUAGCUAUCAAAAAAAAGAAGAAGGAAAAGAGUGAAAAUGUUAAAAGAGCCCAGCUUUUUGUCAAUCAUCAAUUGAAUCUUCCUCUUCUGUUACCAUAAAUCGCUAGAUAUUCACGGUCAAGGUUGUUCUUGUGAGUAUCCAUUGAAAUAGAAAUGAAUAACUGGAGAUCUUUGUUCUU